AAGCAGAGCUCGCACUCCAGCUUAGCGUUCAGUUAGGCACAGACGCCCCAGCCCCUCUCCCAGUCUCCCCUUGGUUUUCUUUUGGACGUUUUAUCGGUGCCACCGAACAGAAAUAAGCAGCCAUGGAUGCCAUCAAGAAGAAGAUGCAGAUGCUUAAGCUCGACAAGGAGAAUGCCUUGGACAGAGCUGAGCAGGCUGAGUCUGACAAGAAAGCAUCAGAGGAUAAAAGCAAACAGUUAGACGACGAAAUAAGAGAGUUGGAAAAGAAAUUGCGUAUUACUGAAGAUGAAAGAGAUAAAGUGUUUGAGGAGUUCCAAACUGCUGAGGAAAAGCUCCUGACCGCUGAGGAAGUCGCCACCAAGCUUGAGGACGAAUUGGCAAGUCUGCAGAAAAAGCUGAAGGGAACUGAGGAUGAGUUGGACAAGUACUCUGAGUCUCUUAAAGAUGCACAGGAGAAACUUGAGCUGGCUGAGAAGCAAGCUACUGAUGCUGAGGCAGAUGUCGCUUCCCUUAACAGACGUAUCCAGCUGGUUGAGGAGGAGUUGGAUCGUGCUCAGGAGCGUCUGGCCACUGCUCUGACCAAGCUGGAGGAGGCUGAGAAGGCUGCUGAUGAGAGUGAGAGAGGCAUGAAGGUCAUUGAGAACAGGGCCAUGAAGGAUGAGGAGAAGAUGGAGUUGCAGGAGAUCCAACUGAAGGAGGCCAAGCACAUUGCUGAGGAGGCUGACCGCAAAUAUGAGGAGGUGGCUCGUAAGCUGGUCAUCAUUGAGGGUGACCUGGAGCGUACAGAGGAGCGCGCUGAGCUGUCAGAAACCAAGUGCGCUGAGCUUGAGGAAGAGUUGAAAACUGUGACCAACAACCUGAAGUCACUGGAGGCCCAGGCUGAGAAGUACUCACAGAAGGAGGACAAAUAUGAGGAGGAGAUCAAGGUCCUCACUGACAAGCUGAAGGAGGCUGAGACUCGUGCUGAGUUCGCUGAGAGAUCAGUAGCCAAGCUUGAGAAGACCAUUGAUGACCUGGAAGAGAAACUGUCACACGCUAAGGAAGAGAACCUCGAUAUGCACCAGAUGCUGGACCAGACUCUAAUGGAACUGAAUAAUUUGUAAAAGGACGGUCUGACCCCACACACAUUGUGGUUUUGGCUUUUUUAUUCUUGCACCUUGCUUAACAUAAACCCCUCUUCUCGUACCUUGCCCAUGGUGGAGAACAAAUAGCCAGAUGCUAUUCCUUAUCGCACCGUCCUGCUUUCAGUGGAACUCAACCAAGGAGCAAAGCUAAGGGGAAGUAAAGCUUAACCAUUCCCUUUGAAGUUUCAAGUGAGAAACAUGGUUGUUUUUGCAAGCCAGUUUUUAUCUUGUAAUGAUGUAUGCCCUUUGCAAUCUUUUUUUUUGUCGAGCCAUCUGGUGAAAUGACAUGUGCCAUUGGUUACAAAGAUUGUUUCCUACAUCUGCAUUUAAGAUGAUCUGGUACUUUGCAUUCCACCUUGAUUAUGCACAUACCAAAGGACAAAUUGGAGAAAAUUUGUACCUAAUUAAAACUCAAUAUAAUGCACAUUUUGCAUACUGUAAAACAAACUAUGUGAAAACAAAAAAAAAAAGUUUCCUCACAAGUGUAAGUAUACUUUGACUAUGCCUGUCAGUAUGUAUACUGGUGCUACUGUAUUGUUAAGCAAUGACCAAAAUGUUAACACAUUACAGUAUAUUCUUAGUUUUCUCUUAAAACUAUGGUUCAAAUUUUUUUCAUCUUGUCUGUAAAGUAUGAUUUCAUUCAUCUGGCUGUGCAUUGUUUUAGCAUUGUUUUAAUGUAGAUGUUCCAAGUGUUAUCAUAUUUGAAAUGUAAAAAAUAUUAAAUAUAAAUAAAA